AUGUCAGAAGCACAAAGGAGACCGCCUAUAACCUUGGGUGUUGGGCGUGGAAAUGGGUACGUGAAUGGGGUAGCUUCAAUAAGGAGCCCUGCUACAAUCUCCCUAGUAGAUCAAUUCUGCCAUGCCCUUGGAGGGAAGAAGCCAAUCCAUAGUAUUUUAAUUGCAAACAAUGGAAUGGCAGCUGUCAAGUUUAUACGUAGCGUUAGGACAUGGGCUUAUGAAACAUUUGGUACCGAUAAAGCUAUCCUAUUGGUGGCUAUGGCUACUCCAGAAGACAUGAGAAUCAAUGCAGAACAUAUUAGAAUAGCUGAUCAGUUUGUGGAAGUUCCCGGUGGGACAAACAAUAAUAACUAUGCCAACGUGCAGCUCAUUUUAGAGAUGGCAGAGAUAACACAUGUUGAUGCGGUUUGGCCUGGUUGGGGUCAUGCUUCUGAGAACCCUGAGCUUCCAGAUGCACUGGAUGCAAGGGGGCUUGUAUUUCUUGGUCCACCAGCUACAUCAAUGGCAGCACUGGGAGAUAAGAUUGGCUCAUCUUUGAUUGCUCAAUCAGCAGAUGUUCCUACCCUACCAUGGAGUGGUUCUCAUGUGAAAAUUUCUCCAGAAAGUUGCUUGGUUACUAUCCCAGAUGAGAUAUAUAGGGAAGCAUGUGUAUAUACAACAGAGGAAGCAAUUGCUAGCUGUCAAGUUGUCGGUUACCCUGCAAUGAUAAAGGCAUCAUGGGGUGGUGGUGGUAAAGGCAUAAGAAAGGUUCAUAAUGAUGAUGAAGUCAGGGCAUUGUUCAAGCAAGUUCAGGGUGAAGUCCCAGGUUCCCCGAUAUUUAUAAUGAAGGUUGCUUCUCAGAGUCGACAUUUAGAAGUCCAGUUGCUUUGUGAUCAGUAUGGAAAUGUAGCAGCUUUGCAUAGCCGUGAUUGUAGUGUUCAGAGGCGGCACCAGAAAAUAAUUGAGGAGGGUCCUAUCACUGUUGCACCAUUGGAGACGGUAAAAAAACUAGAACGGGCAGCGCAAAGGUUAGCAAAAUGUGUGAAUUAUGUGGGAGCAGCCACUGUUGAGUAUUUGUAUAGCAUGGACACUGGCGAGUAUUACUUCUUGGAACUCAACCCUCGGUUACAGGUCGAGCAUCCUGUCACUGAGUGGAUUGCUGAAAUAAAUCUGCCAGCAGCCCAGGUUGCAGUGGGGAUGGGUAUUCCCCUCUGGCAAAUUCCAGAGAUAAGACGAUUUUACGGAAUGGAACGUGGUGGAAGUUAUGAUGCAUGGAGGAAAACUUCAUUGGUUGCCACCCCUUUCGAUUUUGACAAGGCAGAGUCCAUAAAGCCAAAAGGUCAUUGUGUAGCUGUGCGUGUGACGAGUGAGGAUCCAGAUGAUGGGUUUAAGCCUACAAGUGGAAAAGUACAGUUCAUUGAGUGUUUGCCGAACUUUUCCUCAGGACAUGUUUUUGCAUUUGGGGAAUCUAGAGCUUUGGCUAUAGCAAAUAUGGUCCUUGGACUAAAAGAAAUUCAAAUUCGUGGAGAAAUCCGUACAAAUGUUGAUUACACAAUUGAUCUUUUACAUGCUUCAGAUUACAGAGACAAUAAGAUCCACACAGGUUGGUUGGACAGUAGAAUUGCAAUGCGUGUUAGAGCAGAGAGGCCGCCAUGGUAUCUCUCUGUUGUUGGAGGGGCUCUAUACAAAGCAUCUGCAAGCAGCGCAGCUCUGGUUUCUGAUUAUGUUGGUUAUCUGGAAAAGGGGCAAAUCCCUCCCAAGCACAUAUCUCUUGUUCACUCUCAAGUUUCAUUGAACAUUGAAGGAAGCAAAUACACGAUUGACAUGGUUAGAGAGGGACCAGGUAGCUAUAGAUUGAGGAUGAACAAAUCAGAGAUUGAAGUAGAGAUACAUACUUUACGUGAUGGAGGUCUAUUGAUGCAGCUGGAUGGGAACAGUCAUGUGAUAUAUGCAGAGGAAGAAGCAGCUGGGACUCGCCUCCUGAUUGACGGAAGAACUUGCUUGUUACAGAACGAUCAUGAUCCAUCUAAGUUAGUGGCAGAGACACCAUGCAAGUUGCUGAGGUAUUUGGUUUCGGAUGGAAGUCAUGUUGAUGCAGACAUGCCAUAUGCUGAGGUUGAAGUUAUGAAGAUGUGCAUGCCUCUUCUUUCACCUGCUUCUGGAGUUAUUCAGUUCAAAAUGUCCGAAGGUCAAGCAAUGCAGGCUGGUGAGCUCAUAGCAAAGCUUGAUCUUGAUGAUCCUUCAGCUGUACGAAAGGCUGAGCUUUUUCAUUGGAGCUUCCCAGUGCUGGGCCCUCCAACUGCUAUUUCUGGAAAAGUUCAUCAGAGAUGUGCUGCGAGCCUAAAUGCAGCUCGAAUGAUUCUUGCUGGUUAUGAUCAUAAUAUUGACGAAGUAGUGCAAAACUUGCUUGUUUGUCUUGAUAGUCCUGAACUCCCUUUUCUCCAAUGGCAAGAGUGCUUGGCUGUUCUAGCAGCCCGCCUUCCCAAAGAUCUUAGAACUGAGUUGGAAGCAACAUGCAGAGAGUUUGAGGGGAUUUCAAGCUCCUUGAACAUUGACUUCCCUGCCAAAUUAUUGAAGGGCGUGCUUGAGGCCCAUUUAUCCUCUUGUCCAGAAAAAGAAAAAGGAGCCCAGGAAAGGCUCGUUGAACCUUUGAUGAGUCUUGUGAAGUCUUAUGAAGGUGGAAGAGAGUCUCAUGCCCGUGUUAUUGUUCAGUCACUUUUUGAAGAGUAUUUAUCUGUUGAAGAGUUAUUCAGUGAUAACAUCCAGGCUGAUGUGAUUGAACGUCUUCGACUUCAAUAUAAGAAAGAUUUACUUAAGGUUGUGGACAUUGUGCUUUCUCAUCAGGGUGUCAGAAGUAAAAAUAAGCUGAUACUACAUCUCAUGGAACAACUUGUUUAUCCUAGCCCUGCCGCAUAUAGGGACAAACUAAUCCGUUUCUCUCAACUUAACCAUACAAAUUAUUCUGAGCUUGCACUAAAGGCAAGUCAACUACUAGAACAAACCAAACUGAGUGAACUUCGUUCUACCAUUGCUAGAAGCCUUUCUGAAUUGGAGAUGUUUACGGAGGAUGGUGAAAAUAUGGAUACUCCCAAGAGGAAAAGUGCCAUUAAUGAACGAAUGGAGGAUCUUGUUGGUGCUCCUUUAGCUGUUGAGGAUGCCCUCGUGGGUUUGUUUGAUCAUAGCGACCACACUCUUCAAAGGCGAGUGGUGGAAACUUAUGUCCGUAGGCUAUACCAGCCCUAUCUCGUGAAGGGGAGUGUCAGGAUGCAGUGGCACAGAUCUGGUCUCAUUGCUUCAUGGGAGUUCUUGGAAGAACACAUUGAGAGAAAGAAUGGCUCUGAAGAUCAAAAGUUAAAUAAACCACUGGUUGAAAAGCUUUGUGAGCAAAAAUGGGGAGCUAUGGUUAUUAUUAAAUCUCUUCAAUUUUUGCCAGCUAUCAUUAAUGCUGCAUUACGGGAGACAACGCAUGACCCUCAUGAAGCAAUUUCAAAUGCAUCUGUAGAAUCAACUAGCUUUGGUAAUAUGAUGCACAUUGCAUUGGUGGGCAUCAACAAUCCAAUGAGUCUACUUCAGGAUAGCGGUGAUGAGGACCAGGCUCAGGAGAGAAUUAACAAAUUAGCCAAAAUACUCAAGGAGCAAGAGCUGGGAUCCAGUUUACACAGUGCAGGUGUUAGUGUUAUAAGUUGCAUUAUACAGAGAGACGAAGGGCGAGCUCCUAUGAGGCACUCCUUUCACUGGUCAGCAGAAAAGCUAUAUUAUGCAGAAGAGCCUCUGUUGCGUCACCUAGAACCUCCACUAUCUAUCUACCUUGAAUUGGACAAGCUUAAAGGCUAUGAAAAUAUACAAUAUACUCCGUCCCGGGACCGACAAUGGCAUUUGUACACUGUUGUCGACAAGCCAGUGCCAAUCCGGAGAAUGUUUCUAAGAACGCUUGUAAGGCAGCCGACAAUGAAUGAAGGGUUUGCUGCAUAUCAAGGGCUGGGAAUGGAAACAACUCGCACCCAAUGGGCUAUUUCUUUUACUUCAAGGAGCAUUUUGAGGUCCUUGGUGGCUGCAAUGGAGGAAUUGGAGCUUAAUGUGCAUAAUGCUACUGUCAAAUCUGACCAUGCUCAUAUGUAUCUUUGCAUCUUACGUGAGCAACAAAUAGAUGAUCUUGUGCCGUAUCCAAAGAAAGUUGACAUAGAUGCUGGGCAAGAAGAAGUCGCAGUAGAGGCAAUCUUGGAAGGAUUGGCUCGGGAAAUCCAUGCAUCUAUUGGUGUUAGAAUGCAUAGAUUGGGUGUCUGUGAGUGGGAAAUUAAGCUCUGGAUGGAUUCACCUGGACAAGCAAAUGGUGCUUGGAGGGUUGUGGUCACAAAUGUGACUGGCCACACCUGUGCUGUGCAUAUAUACCGGGAACUAGAGGAUACCAGCAAGCACAGAGUGGUGUACCAUUCAAUCUCUGUACAGGGUCCUCUGCAUCUUGUUCCAGUAAAUGCACACUAUCAGCCUUUGGGAGCUCUUGAUCGAAAACGUUUAUUGGCAAGGAGAAGCAGCACCACUUACUGCUAUGAUUUUCCGUUGGCUUUUGAGACAGUCUUGGAACAAAUCUGGGCAUCCCAAUUCCCGGGUAUGGAAAAACCCAAGGAUAAAGUUCUAAAGGUGACAGAGCUUGUAUUUGCUGAUGAAAAUGAUAGCUGGGGAUCACCUCUUGUUUCCACAGAGCGUCCAGCUGGGCUCAAUGAUUUUGGCAUGGUAGCCUGGUGCAUGGACAUACUAACUCCUGAGUUCCCUUUGGGAAGGACAAUUUUGGUAGUAGCAAAUGACGUGACCUUCAAAGCAGGGUCUUUUGGCCAAAGAGAGGAUGCAUUCUUUCUUGCAGUGACCGAUCUUGCCUGCGAUAAGAAAAUUCCACUAAUUUAUUUGGCAGCAAACUCAGGUGCCCGUAUUGGGGUUGCUGAGGAAGUCAAAUCCUGCUUUAAAGUUGGUUGGUCAGAUGAAAAUUUCCCUGAUCGUGGCUUUCAAUAUGUAUAUUUAAGUCCUGAGGAUCAUGCUCAGACUGGAUCAUCAGUGAUAGCGCACGAGUUGAAGCUGGAGAAUGGAGAAACAAGAUGGGUGAUAGAUGCCAUUGUUGGGAAGGAGGAUGGCCUGGGGGUAGAGAAUUUAUCUGGAAGCGGGGCCAUUGCUAGUGCAUAUUCUAGGGCAUACAAGGAAACCUUUACCUUAACUUAUGUGACUGGCAGAACUGUAGGAAUUGGUGCUUAUCUCACUCGGCUUGGAAUGCGAUGUAUACAGAGGCUUGAUCAGCCCAUUAUUUUGACUGGUUUUUCUGCUUUAAACAAACUUCUUGGUCGUGAGGUGUACAGUUCGCACAUGCAACUUGGUGGACCUAAAAUUAUGGCAACCAAUGGGGUAGUGCAUCUUACUGUCUCAGAUGAUCUUGAAGGGGUAUCAGCCAUUUUGAAGUGGCUAAGCUGUAUUCCUCCUUGUGUGGGUGGGGCUCUUCCCAUUUUAAGUCUAUCAGAUUUUCCAGAAAGACCUGUGGAGUACUUCCCAGAAAACUCAUGUGACCCUCGGGCAGCUAUUUGUGGUAUUUUUGAUGACAGUGGGAAGUGGCUGGGUGGUAUUUUUGACAAGGAUAGCUUUGUUGAGACAUUGGAAGGCUGGGCAAGGACAGUUGUGACAGGACGGGCAAAUCUUGGAGGAAUCCCUGUUGGGAUAGUAGCUGUUGAGACUCAGACAGUUAUGCAAGUGAUCCCUGCUGACCCAGGACAGCUUGAUUCCCAUGAGAGGGUUGUUCCUCAGGCUGGGCAAGUAUGGUUUCCCGAUUCUGCUAGCAAAACAGCUCAAGCAAUAUUUGAUUUCAAUAGAGAAGAGCUACCGCUUUUCAUUUUAGCCAACUGGAGAGGCUUUUCUGGCGGGCAGAGAGACCUUUUUGAAGGUAUCCUCCAGGCAGGUGCAACCAUAGUUGAGAACCUUAGAACGUACAAACAACCUGUUUUUGUGUACAUUCCCAUGAUGGGUGAGCUUCGUGGUGGGGCAUGGGCUGUCCUGGAUAGUAAGAUCAAUUCAGAUUACAUUGAAAUGUAUGCAGAUCGAACAGCUAAAGGUAAUGUCCUUGAGCCAGAAGGAAUGAUUGAGAUCAAAUUCAGGACAAAGGAUCUGCUCGACUGCAUGGGUAGGCUUGAUCAACAGUUGAUCAAUUUGAAGGCAAAACUUCAGGAAGCCAGGAGCAGUGCGCCAUAUGGAAUGGUUGAUUCUCUCCAACAGGAAAUUAAAACUCGUGAAAAGCAGCUUUUGCCAGUCUACACUCAGAUAGCCACCAAAUUUGCUGAGCUUCAUGAUUCUUCUCUAAGAAUGGCAGCAAAGGGUGUAAUAAGAGAAGUUGUGGACUGGGCUAGAUCACGCCUUUUUUUCUGCAGAAGGUUGCGUAGGAGAAUUGCUGAGUGUUCGCUGAUCAAGGAUGUGAUAGAUGCAGCAGGUGAGCAGCUGUUACAUAAAUCUGCAAUGGACAUGAUCAAAAUGUGGUUCUUGAAUUCAGAUAUUGCAAGAGGGAGAGAAGAUGCUUGGGUGGAUGAUGAAGCAUUUUUUGCAUGGAAGAAUGAUUCAGGAAAUUAUGAAGCAAAACUACAAGAGUUGCGGGUCCAGAAGGUAUUGGUUCAGUUAACAAACAUUGGUGAGUCCAUGUCAGAUUUGAAAGCUCUACCACAAGGUCUUGCUGCCCUUCUAAGCAAGGUGGAGCCAUCAAGCAGAGAGCAAUUGGUUGAUGAACUUCGUAAGAAGAAACUCAUAAGAAGAUGCAUUUUGAACAUCUCCCUGGCCUUGCCAAGCCACUGGGAUCUACAAGUUACUUAUGCCGAUGUAAUUUUAACAGUUAAGUUGAUCAUCGCUGUAAAGUGGAGGAGUCAGUGA